AUAACAUAACAGAAAUGAGUCCCUUCUACCUCCCCAUCUUCCUCCUCCUCCUCCUCCACAAAUCCUCCAUAACCACCGCCAGCAGCAUCAUCGAACAAACCUGCAGGCGCUGCGCCCAAACCGAUCCGGCCCUAAACUACAACCUAUGCGUCGGCCUCCUCAACUCCAACCCUAACAGCCGCAAUGCCGACCUCUCCGGUCUCGGAGUCAUCUCCCUCAGCAUCACCAGAGCCAAAUCCAUUCAAAUUCAAUCCACCAUCCAAAACCUAAUGAAAUCCAACCCUAGCAGUAAAUAUGUCAGAGAAUGCCUAACUGUUUGCCUGGAGCUCUACACUGACGCCACUUCUCUGCUAAGCGAUUCUAUGAGGGCGAUACAGUCGGGUCGUAUCAGCGAUGCGAGGACUUGGAUCAGCGCGGCGAUGGAUGCUGGGACGACGUGUGCGGAUGGGUUUGAAGAAAGGGGGUUGGUAUCUCCUUUGAAGAAACGGAAUGAUGAAUAUCGGAGCAGAGUUCUUAUUCCAUUGGCCAUAGCUGCGCUCUUGGAUGGCAAUUGAUGAUGCUCUGUAUUUUGCCAAUGUUCCACGCAAUUUUAUAUUCUCUUUAUUUAUUUUUUUUUUCCAGUAUAAUGGCUGAAUGAAAGGCCCAAGUU